AUGGGGCAGGACCCCACAGGUAGCGUUUGAUGUGCUGAAUGACCGAGUGGUUUCCAAAAAACAACAGCAGGCGACCUAUUUCUGUUUGUGUUGUAUGUAUAUUGUCAGUACAGAAGUCUUGAAUUGAUGUCUCUCCGCAAAACUCUUCCUGCUUUUGGGCUCGCGACUCGUGACAGCAAUAUUAGGAGUUUGGUCAUCUCCACUCGUCAUGGUUAUCACCGGAGUAUGCAAGCGUUACAUCCCACCAAAACAAACACGCAAGAGGAGCAUGUAUCCUUCAGUAACAAGAUCUCCAUUGACUUUGAACAGACCAAAGAAGCCUACAAGAGCAAAGACACUCUUGAGUUACUUAGAAGCUUGGUAGUUUUCAAACUGUGCUCCUAUGACAUCCUGGUUGAUAAGAAUAAAGAGAUAAUAGAUCUCAGCAGAAAGUUGUUGGGACAGAAGAUGUUUGAGCAGUUUAUGAAGAUGACGUUCUACGGUCAGUUUGUGGCAGGCGAGGACCAUCAGUCCAUCAGGCCUGUAGUGCAGAAGAACCAAGCGUAUGGAGUGGGAGCUGUGCUGGAUUAUAGCGUAGAAGAGGAUCUCUCACAGGAAGAUGCUGAGAGGAAAGAGAUGGAAUCUUGCAUGUCUACAUCAGAGAAAGAAAGCCCUGGAGCUGACCACCGGGAGAAGUUCACAGCCCAUCGUAAGUUUGGCGAUCGUCGUGAAGGCGUGACGAGCGCUCGUACGUAUUUCUAUGCCGACGAGGCGAAAUGCGACCAGCUCAUGGAGACUUUCCUGAAAUGCAUCAAAGCCUCAGGUGGAAGUUCUGAAGAUGGUUUCUCGGCUAUUAAGAUGACUGCCCUGGGGCGCCCACAAUUCCUGCUCCAGUUCUCCGAGGUGCUGGUGAAAUGGAGACGUUUUUUCAGUUUCCUGGCUGCCAAGCAGGGAAAAGACGGCGUGGAGGUGCUGGAGCAGAAACUGGAUCUAGAGCAAUUGCAGACAUGUCUAGCCAGGCUGGGAGCUCAAGGCAACAUUCAGAGCUGCUUCUCUGAUGGACGGCUGCACUCAUCAGGCAUGGUGGACAUGCUGGACUGGAACAGUCUGAUUGACGAGAGAACAAAGAUAUCCGAUCUACUAGUUGUCCCAAACCUGCAGACUGGUCAGUUGGAGCCUCUUCUGUCCAAGUUCACAGAGGAAGAGGAAAAGCAGAUGAAAAGGAUGCUUCAGCGACUGGACGUCUUGGCUAAGCAUGCGGUUGAAAAUGGCGUCAGGCUGAUGGUGGACGCCGAACAGACAUAUUUUCAGCCUGCCAUCAGCAGACUCACUGUGGAGAUGAAGAGAAUCUUCAACAGAGACAAAGCUGUCGUUUUCAACACCUAUCAGUGCUACCUCAAAGAGGCAUUUGAUAAUGUGUCCAUGGACGUUGAGCUAUCAAGAAGGGAGGGCUGGUGUUUCGCUGCCAAGUUGGUAAGGGGGGCUUACAUGUACCAGGAGAGAGGCCGAGCAACGGAGAUUGGAUACGAAGACCCCAUCAACCCCGACUAUGAAUGUACUAACAGAAUGUACCACAGGUGUCUGGAUUACGUGCUGGAGGAGAUCGAACAGAAUAAGAAAGCAAAUGUCAUGGUGGCAUCACACAAUAUAGACACUGUUAAGCAUACACUCAGAAGGAUGAAUGAAAUGGGUCUGGCACCCACAGAUAAGAAGGUGUACUUCGGCCAGCUCCUGGGAAUGUGCGACCAAAUCAGCUUUCCGUUAGCUCAGGCAGGAUUCCCAGUGUACAAGUAUGUUCCAUAUGGUCCGGUGAACGAGGUGAUUCCCUAUCUGUCCCGCCGGGCACAGGAGAACCGCGGCAUUAUGAAAGGAGUGCAGAUGGAGAGAGACCUCCUAUGGAAAGAGCUCAUGCGCCGCCUGAGCAACGGAGAGGGGCCUUGCAGUUUUCUCUUAAUUUGAUUUCACCAGCAGGUAUAUGAAGGGAUUUCUGGAAUACCGAAACAAAGGGCAUUCGUCUACAUAAUUUGAUAGCUGCCCUCUUUCACUUUGAACGAGAUGGAUCCAGCUCCCUGAUGAUGAAGAAGGAUAACAAGAAACCGUGAGGAAGAGGACAUGCGCACGUGCAUCGCCAUGACAGAGCAGAAGCUGCUGAGCUGCUGGAGUGUGUUAAUAUUGAAGACGGUCCAUGUUGAAGCCCUCUUUAACAUAUCCCACAAGCCCUUUUUGACCUCCCCCGCUGAACACAGCAUGAGAAAAAGGCCAGACGGACUACUGCUCAGGGACGGCAGAAUAGUGAUGGUCUCUCCCUUCGUUCAGUACGUCAUUGAUGAAUUGACAAAAAAGCCUCCGGCGUCUGACAGUGGACAGCUGAUCAAUACUGAGAAUAUGUGAUGGACAAAUGGAAAAGUACAGAAGCAGCUAAUAACUGUCACACAGGAGAUCUAACUGUAGCUCUUUGCCAUCAAGAGCAUGUAAAUUAAUGUCAAUAAAGUGAUUUUUGUAGGGUUGCAUACUUUUUUUUCAUUCAGAUGUACUUUUUACUUUUUAAACAUUGUCAUCACUGUAUCAAUUUCUCUGUUAUAAUAUCUGUUUUUUUGUUUUGUUUUUUUAAAUUUCUGGUAAUGUUCACACUGAAGUUACAAAUGACUGUCACUCCUGUAUAAAUCCUGUUCUGUACAAACUGAGUUUACAGGAGUCCUAUUUACAGGAGUCCUGCGACAUAACUCUCCCAGAAAAAUCAUGAACCAAAUUCGAACAAACAACUAUGGAAAGAUGAAGGUAUGUGUGUUGUCUUUACUCUUGAGAGAACACAGUGUUUAAAAGCCCAUUUCCACCUCAGAGGAAAAUAAAAUUUACUUUACACUAUACUUUUACAGUUUCUUGUGAGAUAGUCAAGAGAGCCACAGUCAUAAAGUGUUAAGUCAUAUUAUGAGAAAU